UUUCAACAGCAACCUCUAGUGCAGGUGGGUGCUUGGUGUAUGGGAGAGUACGGUGACCUUUUAGUUUCUGGACAAUGUGAAGAAGAGGAACCCAUUCAGGUGACAGAAGAUGAAGUUAUAGAUGUUUUAGAAACUGUACUACAGUCAAACUUAUCGACAUCUGUAACAAGAGGAUAUGCUCUCACUGCAAUUAUGAAGCUAAGCACAAGGUUUACCAUAAAUGUAAAUCGAAUUAAGAAGAUAAUGUCUGUAUAUGGAAGCAGCAUUGAUGUGGAACUUCAGCAAAGGGCUGUUGAAUAUAAUGCACUUUUCAAAAAAUUUGAUCAUAUGAGAUCUGCACUGCUGGAGCGAAUGCCUAUAAUGGAGAAAGUAACCAAUGGACCUACAGAAACUGCACAAACUAAUGGAGAGUCAGAGCCUACAAUAUUGGAACCAAAAUUGGUGCUCAGUGCUUCUCAGCCUAGUAAUCAGGCUAAUGACUUGUUAGACUUGCUUGGAGGAAGUGAUGUGACACCAGCAAUUCAGACUGUACCACCCAGUAAACCAAGCACAGCUGGUGGAGAGCUUCUGGAUCUGUUAGGAGGGCUGGAUCUAUCAGAAAAACAAAACGCCUUCAAAGACGAAUGAAGGACAAAUCCUCAACUAGUGAAUGAUAGAGAGCAUUGGUUUGAAAACAACCUUGCGUCAACGGCGAAGAACUGAAAAGAAUUGAAGGGAAGAGAAAAGAAAACAACUCAUUGAAUCCUGUGGCCCAGGCUGGUGAUACCAAAUUUUGCCUGAUUUUGUUUUUUCCUCCCCCCUCAAUAUUUCCACUCAGUAUGUAUGUACUGUCUAUCUUUGUGUGCCUCUUUUGUAUGUGAGGGGGUGGGAAGAAUUUAAAUUAACAGUUCACAUUUCUCAGUUGCCUUUGGUUGAAGAUGAAAUUUCUUUGUCAUAAACAGUUACUUUAAGUACAGAAACCUGGUGAGUAUUUUCUUUUAAACUAGGUUUGUCAGCCAGGAAUAUUGGGGACUUUGGAUAGUUUGAGAGAGUCUUUUCACAUUUUGUGAGCACUUUGGCAAAAGUGGGUCUUGAUAUCCAGUGCACUACCCCAGUAAGUCAUGACAGUUAAUUCCUCGCAGUUGGAUAUCUCUGCUGUAAGAAUUUGGGUCAAGAUAUAAGCAUUACAAUCAGGAUUUAGGAAAGUCUUUUGGAAAAGAAUGUGAUGGCUCAUGGGAGGCCAGAUGUUGCUAUUAGUUCAGUACAUCUGAGAAUGGGAUAUAAAAAGCCUCAAGAAAGGACUCCGUUUGGUGAAGCUAACAUGAACAAAAAGCUGGAGUUGUGAUUGUGUUCUGGAGUCCAGGGGAAAGUGGACACAGGACAGAAGGGUGUUUCACUUGGACAGGAGCAUUUGUUAAGGCGGUCUGUGACAGAGCGGCUCUCGAGAGACGAGGUUGGCAGAAUUGAAAAACAGUCAUCCCUUGUGAAGUUUGAGACUUGAUAACUCAUCAGGGUAUCAGCAUCUCAGGGUGGCUGUGUUACUGAGAGGAUCAUGGGAUUUGUCUUGAUCAUACUUGCUAUGUCCUGUGGGACGUUUGAGCGCAGUACAUUGCCCACGUUUACCACAUGUUAAUUUGGAGUCCUAGUAAAAGCUCUCGCAUGUUUUCUAAGAUUACAGAGAAAUCUUGAUUAAAUGGGUCAUUGGGCUAAAAAAAUGGCAGAUGGAGUUCAAUCUGGAUAAAUGCAAGCUAUUGCAUUUUGGUAAAACAAACAAGGGGUAGGCCUUAUACAAUUAAUGGUAGGGUAUUGGGUAGUGUUGUAGGACACAGUGACCUAGGGGUGCGGGUACCUUAUUCUUUGAAGUUUGCAUCA